GGCUUGAAAAUAAAAGGGGAUAAUUAACCUCAUGUGUUCCUCCAUCAAGCAUAUUACAUUAAAACCAGAAACUCAUGAGGGCUAUGAGCCAGCUCCACUCUGCUUGAUCUAAAAAGUUAUUACAGAACUGAGUUUGUAAAGACUGCAUAUAUAAAGUAAAUGAACUUCUCCAAACCCACUAUUUAUAAACCGAUUCAGCAAAUGAGAGGAAACAGUUUGGGACAGUUCUGUACUAAUCUGGUGGUUUUGGUUCCUUAGGACUUUAAUUUCACCAGUCUGGUCUUUUGUGUCUUUGCAGAGAGGCUCAGUGGAGUGAGCAUUGGGCUGGGAGCAAGAAAUUGCUGGCUUCUAAUUUUAUUCUGUCCCUGACAUCCUAUGUGUCUCAGACCCCUAACCUCUCCCUCGUUCAGUUUCCCUGACAGUAAAAGAGAAAGCCAGCAGUGCUGAAAGGAAUAGACUUGGGCACUUGCACAACCAAGUGGACAGUGGAUUACCUCAGCCAAACAGCAGGAACUAAAGAAGUAAAGAUUCAUGUUUCCACAGUGCCACAGAUGGACUUCCUCAGUAAAGAUAUUUCAGUACCAGAAGAAAUAUUUCAUCACGGUUUUGUCCUUCAGCUAUGGCUUUGGAAUUCAUGGAACAUUGCCCUUUGAUGUGUUUGUACGGAGAGCAGCUGAAGUCAAACAUAACGAGUACUUUAUAUCUGAGGAUGAGAAAUACUACUUGCGAUCACUGGGUGAAGACCCACGAAAGGAUAUUGCAGAUAUCAGAAAGCAGUUUCCUUCAUUAGCAGAAGAUAUUCAGAUCCCAGAAUAUUUUGAAAAGGAACAGUUCUUCUCCAGUGUCUUCCGCAUCAGCUCAGCAGGACUGCAACUCUGGACACACUAUGAUAUAAUGGAUAACUUCUUAAUCCAGAUAACAGGGAAAAAAAGAGUUAUACUGUACAAUCCUCGAGAUGCACCAUAUUUGUAUUUAGCAGGCACUAAAUCACAGGUCCUAAAUGUGGAUAACCCAGACCUGGAGAAAUAUCCCCUUUUUAUGAAAGCCAGGCGCUAUGAAUGUUCUCUUGAAGCAGGCGAUGUGUUGUUCAUUCCAGCUUUAUGGUUCCAUAAUGUAAUUUCUGAAGAAUUUGGAGUGGGAGUGAAUGUCUUUUGGAAGCAUCUUCCUUCUGAGUGCUACGAUAAAACAGACACUUACGGAAACAAAGAUCCUACAGCUGCUUCCAGAGCUGUGCAGAUUUUGGACAGGGCUUUGAAAACACUGGAGGAACUGCCUGAGGAAUAUAGGGAUUUUUAUGCCCGGAGAAUGGUUUUACGCAUCCAAGAAAAAGCCUAUAGCACUAACUAUGAAUAAACAGUCAACAAGUCAACCAAACUCCUCUGAAAGUAGGGAGAAGUACAGAUAUGGAUACUGUACCUGAAGACACUUUGAGAAGACUUUAAUAAAAACAA